AUGUUGGACGGCCUGAAGAUGGAGGAGAACUUUCAAAGUGCGAUUGAGACUUCGGCCUCCUUCUCCUCUUUGCUGGGCAGAGCGGUGAGCCCCAAGUCUGUCUGCGAAGGCUGUCAGCGGGUCAUCUCGGACAGAUUUCUGCUGCGGCUCAACGACAGCUUCUGGCAUGAGCAGUGCGUGCAGUGCGCCUCCUGCAAAGAACCCCUGGAGACCACCUGCUUCUACCGGGACAAGAAGCUUUACUGCAAGUACCACUACGAGAAAUUGUUUGCUGUCAAAUGUGGGGGCUGCUUCGAAGCCAUUGCACCCAAUGAGUUUGUCAUGCGUGCCCAGAAGAGCGUGUACCACCUGAGCUGCUUCUGCUGCUGUGUCUGCGAACGGCAGCUGCAGAAGGGGGAUGAGUUUGUCCUGAAGGAGGGCCAGCUGCUCUGCAAAGGUGACUAUGAGAAGGAGCGGGAGCUGCUGAGCCUGGUGAGCCCAGCGGCCUCGGACUCAGGAAAAAGUGAUGAUGAAGAGAGUCUUUGCAAGUCAGCCCAUGGGGCAGGGAAAGGAACGUCAGAAGAUGGCAAGGACCACAAGCGACCCAAACGUCCCAGAACCAUCUUGACAACUCAGCAGAGGAGAGCAUUCAAGGCCUCAUUUGAAGUAUCCUCCAAGCCCUGCAGAAAGGUGAGAGAGACUCUGGCUGCAGAGACAGGCCUGAGUGUCCGUGUGGUUCAGGUGUGGUUCCAGAACCAGAGAGCCAAGAUGAAGAAGCUGGCUCGGCGACAGCAGCAACAGCAGCAGGAUCAGCAGAACACUCAGAGGCUGAGUUCUGCCCAGACAAACGGCGGUGGGAGUGCGGGAAUGGAAGGGAUCAUGAAUCCCUACACAGCCAUGCCCACCCCACAGCAGCUGCUGGCCAUUGAGCAGAGUGUCUACAACGCUGACCCAUUCCGACAGGGUCUCACUCCACCCCAGAUGCCUGGAGAUCAUAUGCACCCCUAUGGUGCUGAACCUCUUUUCCAUGACCUGGAUAGUGAUGACACUUCCCUCAGUAACCUGGGCGACUGCUUCCUAGCCACAACAGAAGCAGGGCCCCUGCAGUCCAGAGUGGGAAACCCCAUUGACCAUCUGUACUCCAUGCAGAAUUCCUAUUUCACCUCUUGA